GGGGGAGUGUGGGUUUAGGUAGGACGAUGUCUCAGUGUGGGUUUAGGUAGGACGAUGUCUCGAGUGACUGAAUCCAAAGAAGACACUCUUGGUCGGGAGGAGGAAGAGGAAGUAGAGGAGGAUGAGGAGGGUGAGGAGGGUGACGAGGGUGAGGAAGAAAUAGAUGAGGGUGAGGAGGGUGACGAGGAUGAAGAAGAUGGAGACGAGGAAGAAGACGAAGAUGUCUUCGAGCGGACUGCUGAAGAAGAAAAGGUGAAAAGAAUUGUGAACAUCGACAAGUUUUUGAAGAGCGCAAAGCAGUCCGAGGAAUUAUCUCUUGCCUAUGCGGGCUUAUGUGCGAAAUCGAAGAAGAAAACGUUCGCGAUGCCCCCAAAGCCCGCGAAAGAUGCGGGCUCAUGUGCGAAAUCGAAGAAGAAAGCGUUCGCGAUGCCCCCAAAGCCUGCGAAAGGCAAGAAGAAAGCGGAGGAGCCAAAGUCUGCAAAGGGAAAGAAGAAAAUGGCAGAGAAGAAUUCCGCGAAAGGGAAGGACCACACGAAAGAAAAAUUGUCAGUGACGAAGGAGCUUACUCCUAACGACGAGGUUGAGAAGUUCUCUCAAAUGUGGGAGGAAUUAAAAGAGUCGAAUGACAAGAAGCUUGACGCCAACUCGUUCACCCUUCCAACGUCCUGCCUCCUUCGACCUCUUGUGACUCGUACGAAGGAAAAUGUGGAUGUCGACAAACUGCUCGCUGGAAACUACAGUGUUUUAGUGCUACGUAGGGGACACACAAGGGAGGCCAAAGAACGUCUUAGGAACCUUCACCCGACUGUCUCUCCUUUCCAAAAGGCGAAUUGUUUCAUGUACUUCGGCCUCACCGCCCUGGAAGCUCGUAAGAUCGCGCACGAGCACAAUCACAUUGCAGGUUUCCACAAGGACUUCAGUUUCAUCCAGAAACUGAAAUGUUGGCGUGCGGUGUUUGAAUCGAUGAGAUACCAAAAGAAUGACGCUACGAAGACUGUAUGCUUGCAGGAAUUUGGAUUUUCAAACCCAGACAAAGAUCUUUUGCAGAGGUUGGAUCCACAUUUCCAGGUCUGCAUGCGGUCCAAGGAAGUGUGGGUCCUUCAGCUGCAGAUAUUCGAGAUGUGGUUGAAAGGGGAUUGCCCGGACCAGAAAAUGAAGGUCCCUACUGCGAAGAAGGGGAAAAUGUCCAGUGAUGAUAGCGAGGUGGGUGGCUCAGAAGGAACUCGACCGACAGCGAAGAAAAGUCGGAGGAAAUUCAAUUCUGCUGAAGCUCAACAUCAGGUGAUGCGUUUCUUUAAUCCCAGAGCGCAGGUGGAACACGGAAAAAUUGUCACUGAGCCAACUGACAUGCCACAGGCGCACUGGGUGGAGAUGGGUUCUCUUCCUGACGAGUCUGUUAUUCCCAUCCUUGAACAAGUGGCAGCAAAACAAUUAAAUUGUCUAGUGGUUGACAAAUGUCCCCGCUACAUCAAGGGAAUCAGCGCUCGCAUUCUGAAUGAUAUUGGCCCUACGAUUGAAAGAGAAAGCAGUCGCAAUGAGGCUGUGGAGGAGGAUAAGACGUACAAUUGUGCGAUCGCUGCAGAGGACACAACUGCAGCAACAACGCCAGCAGGAGCAAGUGUCGCAGCAGCACCACCAGCAGCAGCUGAACGAGCAGCAGUACCAGCAGCAGCACCAACAACGACCUCUGUAGGAGCAAGUGCUACAGCAGCAGCACCAGCAGCUGCAGCACCAGCACCAGCAGCAGCUGAACCAACAGAACUAGCAGCAGCAACACGCUCAACACUCGCAGCAGCAGUGCCACGACCACAAGCAGUUGAACCACCUGCAGCGGCAGCAGCAACAGAAAUACCACCAGGAGCAGCAGCUGCAGCAACAGCGAGCGCACAAGGGACAGCGAGCGCGCCAACAACAGCGGGAGCAGGCACAGGGGGACCUGCACACAGCCAAGACUCCUCACUCAGGAUGACAACGAGGGCAAGGAAACGGAAGCUCGCCGGUGACGAGGUUACAAACCCACGCGCCAAAAAGGGUGUUAUUGCAUCAGGGGCAAGCACAAGGGAGUCCGACGGAAGCAAAAGUUAGUCGAGACAACUUCUAGUCCUCUUCUACUCUGAAUUGCAGUUUACAGUCC